AUGAUUCUCAUCCUUCGUGAGGCCCGUAAAGUGACCAAGUUUAAAACUAGAUUGGAAUGGCAUCGGCUCGACAGCACGGUUUUGUGGGCAAUGGCGACUUUUAGUGUGUUGAUUGUGGGCGGCAGCGUUGCCGGUUUGGCACUUGCUAACAUGCUCGAGAGAUAUGGCAUUGAAUAUACUUUGAUAGAGAAACAUGAAGUUAUUGCGCCCCAACUCGGGGCAAGCUUUACCAUGCUGCCUCAAGCGGCCCGUAUUCUCGACCAACUGGGCUGUUUUGGAAAGAUCCGAACACUGGGUACGCCGGUCAAUGAUGGAGGACUAUUUGGACCAGGCGGUAAUCCUCUGAACAUUGACCCAAAUGCUGGAGAUAAUUUGGAAGCAUUACUUGGGUAUAAGAUGUGGGCUGUGGAGCGACGGCAGCUCGUUGAUAUUCUCUACCAAAAUCUGGCCGAUAAAUCCAGGAUCCACACAUCCUGCGGUGCACUCAAGCUGGAUUGCCUGGAACACGGCGUGAGGGUCGAGACACAAAAUGGACGCGUUUUCACAGGAAGCAUCGUGGUGGGAGCGGAUGGUGUCCAUAGCCGGAUUCGACAAGAGAUGUGGAGGAUUGCUGAUACAGAGUCUGAUGACAUUCGUAUCAAAAAGGAUCAAAGUGCAAUAAAAAGUACUUAUAGUUGCAUUUUUGGCAUCUCUGAGGAUCUUGACCAGUCGGGCAUCACGAGUACCUCCAGAACUUGCUUCCAAGGUCGGAAUUACUUAUAUCAACGAAGUGCUCAUGGUAAACUGUACUGGUUCGCAUUUUCCAAAAAUGUUGAAAAGGGGCGUGAUAUUCCGCGAUACACAGAUGAGGACACAGAAAGGGCCAUUUCUCGAUUUGGAGACGAUGUCCUACAGCCCGGCAUAACGCUGAGAAAGCUCUAUGAACAUCGAACACAUGCAGUACUGCUUCCCCUGGAAGAGUAUGUACUGAGCAGGUGCUAUUAUCGAAGGAUAAUCCUCAUCGGUGAUUCCUUGCACAAAAUCCACCCGUUAAGCGGACAGGGCGGCGCCUCUGCCCUCGAAUCUGCGGCAUAUCUUGCAAACAAGCUAAAAAAAUUGACAUACAAUGAGAAAUUUCCCAGCGACGAACAGAUCCAAGCUGCGUUCGCCGACUUCGAGCAGAAUCGAAGAUCCAGGACUGAAAGUCUAAUGAACGACGGCCAUGGCCUAGCGCGUUUAGAAUCUCUAGACAAUGCGUUUCUGAGGUUCCUAAUGCUUCAUAUUGUCAGUAGGAUUUCUGAGGGGUAUCUCCAAUCCAUGCUUGCGGAAGCAUGCGCACCCGGAGUGUCUUUGGAAUACUUGCCAUUGCCAUCCAAGCGAGGCAUAGUACCUUAUGAAGACGAACUUCACAUUCGGCCUCAAAGGCGAAAAGUACACUCGACUGUCAUCUGGACUUCGACGUUUAUCCUGCUUGGACUAGUUCAAUUCGUUGCAUUCCGGGAAACCCCGGCUGCCAACAGGGUUUUGGUCAGCCAAGCUAGUCCAGAAGCAAAUUGGGCAUGGAAUUCAGAAUAUCAGAGUCGGGAUGCUUUGCCACCUUUGCAAAUGUACACUGCUAUCUCUGCUAUAGCAGUUAAUGCACUCUGGUGUCUGGAAUCAUACCGCAGCCAAUUCUUGAUAGGACCACUUUGCAGUGCCGUUCCAUUCAUAUUGCUUGCAUCCUUUACCGGCUGGAACGUUGCAAUGCCCGUGUAUUUCGCGCUUUAUAUCCUGCUCAGUCACCGAAAAGCAUUCUAUUAUCCAUCUCCGAGGGCUAUAGAACUUCCAGCCGCCAAAGCCUUACCAAUUGCCUUAGUCCUUGUGUAUCCAAUCGCUAUCUAUCGUGCUUUCGCUGAGGCUUCCAUGAACGCCUCGGAGAUUUCGUCUGGGGGAUUUCGGUUUCAACCACUGCUAGUCGCCCACGCUAGUCUUCCCUUCACAGUUACCCUCGUCAAGGAAAUUUUUAAGAGAGCGACCGAGGCUCCGAAAGAACCAAAUGGGAUAUGGGGGAAUGCGGAUAUUCCACAUGUCUCGCGAUAUCAGGACUUGAUCUUCUUCACUGUCAGCGCUGUACAUUUGCUGUUUAUCGCGACUUUUCCGCUACAUUCAAGUCCACAGAUUCCUCACUAUAAGUACGCCACAGAUGAAGCUGUGAUUCAGUUCGUUUUCUCCGGCCUAUAUAUAAAAUUGUGGCUGCUAUUUACUGUUUGGGAUUUGCGGCGAGUUCGCGCAACGAACAUCAGCUGGAAGAAGGCAGUACUCUACAUCACACUAGGAACAUUCAUGGUUGGCCCGGCCGGCUGUCUCGUUGCGGCCUGGAAAUGGCGAGAACGGACAUUGGGGAGAUUGCGGACAAGGAAGGGCGAGACUAAGACGAAGUCGGAACUUAAGGCCGUAUAA